CAAAGAAAAGCGUUAGCUUCUGUCGUUGUGGAUCAGCGUCGUUACGUUUCCUCCCGGCUGCCGCUAGGUUUGCCUCCUCGCGACCAGCCGUUGGCCUCGGCGUGCGCCGUGACGCUGGUCGUGGGAGGGACCGAGGAGUGACCGCGGCGAUAAGGCUGCCCUGCCCUUUAAAAGCAGCGGCUAUUUCACUGGACUGUCAGCAUGCUAGAGGCUGUGGUCUGUCUUUAGUCUGCCGUCGCUUUUACCGUCGACACCCAUCAACUAUCCGCACUGAGAGACGACCAUGUGGCUGCCUAUGAUUGGGAUGACGGCGUUGCCACACGUCGGUGGUUUCUAUGGUGGCUUCAUUACGCGCAAAGAGGUAAAAAACUGGUACCCAACCCUGAACAAACCCUCAUGGCGCCCACCAAACGCAGCAUUCCCUGUGGUGUGGACUUGCCUGUACACCGGAAUGGGGUAUGGCUCCUACCUGAUCUGGAAAGAGCUUGGAGGUUUCACUGAAGAUGCUGUGGUUCCACUGGGGCUUUAUGGGCUGCAGCUCGCGCUGAACUGGGCCUGGACUCCCAUUUUCUUUGGUGCACACAAGCUGAAAUGGGCCCUGGUGGAGAUCGUGUUCCUCACCGGGACGGUUGGAGCCACCAUGGCGUCCUGGUAUCCCAUCAGCCGCACCGCCUCCCUGCUCCUCGCUCCCUAUCUGUCCUGGCUGUGCCUCGCCACAGCCCUCAACUACUGCAUAUGGAGAGAUAACCCAGAGAAAAAGGAAGAGUAGAACGCAAAUUGCAGUGUGUUGAUUUCCAUUGCUAAAUCUUAAUUCAGCACAAUAAAAUUCCUUUGCAGAAAUGACA